UUUUUCGAUUGUCGAUGCGUUCACGAAUCACCUAAUAUGCUAUACUAACCAACUAUCUGUAUUUAAGAUGGCGUAGUUCAAAUGACAAUAUUACAAUUUUAAUAUAAUCAAAAUUCUUUUGGAAAUGUAAAUUAUCAAGUAUAAAAAUGUCAUCAAAACCCCGUCCACAAUCAGAAACUGAACCAAUAAAAAAAGCAGAGAAACCUGGAUCCUUUAUAUGUGGGAUUAGAGGUCCAGGCCCUAAAUAUCUACUUAAAACACUUGUGGGUUACAAAGACCAUUGUCUUUCAAGAUAUCGAAAUCCAGCGUAUACAUUUGGAAACAGACAUGUUAUAACUCGAAUAUGCGAAGGGCCAGGACCAAAAUAUUUGUUAGUAGGACCCAAGAAGAAAGGUUUUAGUUUUGGAUUGGUUGGAAAGAGUUUUGGUACUUGCAGUAGCCCUGGUCCAAAAUAUCUUCUACCAACCCCUAAAUCAACAGCUUUCACAAUAAAAUCUAGAACUAAACAAAGACAAAAAUGUGUUGGGCCAGGACCAUACUACGUAAAAUCUCCCACACCAGGACCAGCAUUCUAUAUAGGAAGACGUAUAGAUGUUGCAAAAUGUGAUGGUACACCAGGUUCUCGUCCUUACAGCAUUGACUUGACUAAACCAAAAGCGCCAGUUUAUAGUUUAGCUUACAGACUAGGUGCAAAAGCAAUUUGCCGCUCUCCAGGACCUAAAUAUCACCCUAUACUUCCUAAACCAACUCCUCAGUAUUCUUUUGGAACUAAACAUAAAAAAGCUGGCUUUAACCUUUGUACUGAGAUGUUUACUUCUUUUCCGUGAUAAUCUAUCUUGAAAAUUCGGUCGGUAAUUCUUUUGACGAAUUUAAAUAGACCUUCGUAAGGCGCUUCCAAGGAUUUCCUAAUAGCGUCUACUCGGACAAAUACGUGUGUACACGUGUACAAUGUUUUAUGCGUAAAAGUAUUCUUUACGCCAUGGUGUGACUAGGACUCGGCUUUACUUGCCUAAUAUGUAGUCUAAAUUUUUCCAAGAAUAUCUGUGGGUCCACUGUUUCAUCCUGCCUAAUAAAAAAUUCUCCCGGCAAUCUAAUUGGGGUACCGUAAACCAUCUCAGCAGCGGAUACCUUAAUAUCCUCCUUAUAGCUUGCUCGGAGUCCCAGCAGAACCGUUGGGAGGAUUUCCACCCAAUUUUUCGUCUCAUGGCACAUUAUUGCGGCUUUUAGUGAACGGUGCCACCUCUCAAUCAUGCCAUUUGAUUGAGGGUGGUACGCUGUUGUCCUUGUCUUGUGACAACCGAUCAAUUUUGUCAGUGCUUGAAACAAUUGCGACUCAAACUGUGUGCCCUGAUCUGACGUGAUGGUAGCUGGGGCUCCGAACCUUGCUAUCCAGUUAGUAUAUAGGGCUGUGGCCACUGUGUCUGAUGAGCACUCGACGAGUGGCACUGUCUGAGGCCACCUGGAAAAUCUAUCUAUCACAGUUAAACAAUAUUUGUACUUGUUAAUUACCGGUAACGGUCCGACUAAAUCUACGUGGAUAUGUUCGAAACGACCGCUAGGAACUUCUAUUUUACUUGGCGUGAAUUUGUUAUGACGGUGAAUCUUACUUCGCUGACAUGAUACACGUGUGCGAGACCACUCGGCUAUGUCGCGAUUCAUUAAAGGCCACACAAAGCUUUUGGCCACAAGCCUUUUCGCAGCGCGCCCGCUCGGGUGCGACAAAUUGUGAACAUUGUCAAAAAUUUUCCUACGUAGUGUUAUUGGUACGUAGAGUCUAACGCUAUUUCAUAUCACAUCUCCGUACAAGUAUUCAUCUGAAUUGUCCAAAACUAUCUUUUGGAAAUUCCACUUGCCGGAGUUUUUGGAUAAUAUUUUUUGCAAUUCCCCGUCAUUUGCUUGUGCUUGCAUCAAUUCUUUUGUUGAAAUUAUCACGGAUAAAUCUAUUGUGCUCACUCUUGAAAACGCGUCGGCUACAAUAUUUUCUUUGCCUUCUACAUAUAUAAUUUGUGUUGUGAAUUGGCUUAUAAAGUCCAACUGUCUAAGCUGCCGUGGACUAGCCUUAUCAGUCCUUUGCUGAAACGCGUAUACCAAAGGCUUGUGGUCAGUUUGAAUAAGUAGUUGUCUACCUUCGACAAAAUGCCUAAAAAAUUUGAGACUUUUAUAAAUGGCCAAAAGCUCCCUGUCGUAAACACUAUAUCUGGUUUGAGCUUUUUCCAAUUUUUUUGAGAAAAAACCGAGUGGUUCCCACUCACCGUCGUUUAGCUGUUCCAGUACUGCCCCUAUCGCUACGUCUGAAGCAUCCGUGCGCAGCGCCAACGCUGCGUUCUCUCUUGGAUGGUGCAGCAAGGAAACGGCGGCUAUGCGUUCUUUAGCUUCAUUAAACGCCUUUUCAGACUCACUGUCCCAACUUACAGGUCUCUUAUCUU